AUGGAGAGCCCCAGUUCCGUUGUUCAACUACCUCAGGACUCUUCCUACAUACCCGAAUGCUUAGGCUGGUAUGGGGCCGGGGUCCUCAUCACCAUAUUACGAUACGCUACUCGAUUGCGGACUGUUGGUCUCGCCGGAUUUCGUGGCGACGACUACUUAGCAUUUCUUUAUCUCAUUUUGUACACGGCAUGCAUCAUCAUCGUCUACGUCACUUACUAUACAGGCGCCAGCCUCAAUGUCGACCCGGCCAAGGUUGAUUUGUUGACCGACAACGACAUUCGAAUAUUGGUGAAGGGGUCUCAAAUUGAAUAUGCUUCGUUCUUCAUAUACACAGGAUGCAUAUGGACGUUGAAGUUCUCUGUACUCUACUUCUACAACCGAAUCACGCUCGGAGUGCUCAGGAGGAAAACCGUCACCUUUCUGUGGUGGUUCUGUAGCGCCUCCUACCUUGCAGUCUGUCUCAUGGCACUCUCUUCUUGUUAUCCAAUAUCGCGAAACUGGCAAGUCAGGCCGCUUCCAAGCGAGAAUUGUACAUACAGACCCCAAAAUUUUGUGGUCCUUUCGAUAUUCAACGUCAUGAGUGAUGCAGCGCUCAUGUCCAUUCCGCUCCCGAUCCUCCGGCACCUCCGCGUAUCGAAACGCCGCAAAGCAGGGAUCUCGGUCUUGUUGUCAUCGGGCGUGUUCGUCAUAUCGACGGCCAUAGUCAGAGUCACUCUGACCCUCGUCGGAGAACCGACCGUCAUCACGAUCAAUCUCUGGGGGUUUCGCGAAUUGGGCGUUGGGCUUAUCGCCGUAACUGCCCCUAUCAUAUACCCAAUGUUUACACCUGAAUUCUGGCGACCGGGACCCUACGUCCGCGAGAACCGACGACCUAUAAUACAACCUUCCAUUCAUAUACCCACCGGCAGCUUCAAGGAUCACGACAUAGAGCUCCAACUGGCGGACGAGCGGACGCAAAUGAUGAGAUACACAGAUGCGAGUUGA